AUGUCUGAUCAAGUCAUUCACCCGAUCUAUAAAUACUACAUUGAUUCAUAUAAUGCAUUGUAUCAGCUAAAAACGGAAAAUGAAAAAGAUUUAAACUCAAUUUACAAAAUUCUCAAAACAGAGCUGAUUAAAUCAAAGAAAAGCCUUCCCCAAAAUAUUAUAAGAGAUAUUUCAGAUAUCAUUAUGUACAAUAUUCGCUAUACAAAGUCAUAUUUAUAUCUUGUAAAACUCAUCUUCGAUGACUAUCAUGUGAAAGAGGAAAACUUUGUUCCUUGUGAAUUAAGAACUUUGUUUUAUAAGGAGUAUGGAAUUAAAAUAUACAAUUCUGAUGAUUUCGAAGAAUUUGAUAUUAAAAAUCCCUUUAUUCAUACUGAAAAUACAAUUUACAGAGCAAUUAUGUAUAACAACAAAGAAGAAUUCAUCUCAUUCACUGAAAGAGAAGAAUUUGAUAAAAAUCAAAAGUUUGAGGGAAAUUUAUAUACAUACCCUUUCAAUGGACUUUCAUUACUUGAAUUAUGUUGUUAUCAUGGAGCAGUUGACUGUUUCAAAUUUUUAAGGACAAAAUUUAACUCUGAAAUAACUCAAGAAUGUCUAAAAUUAUCAUUUUUAGGAGGAAAUCCAGAGAUCAUGAGUGAAUGUUUGAAAUAUCAAAAACCAAAUGAUAAAUGUAUGGAGUAUGCAAUUAUUUCACAUAACAUUGAUUUUGUUACAUUCUUGAUGAAUGAGUACGAUAUGGAGAUCAAUUUGGGAUAUUGUGGAGACUACAAAAAUCUUGAAUCAUUUUUAGUUUAUUUUGAUCGAACUAAUGAUGUUAAUAAAUGCUUAGAGAGAGGGUCAAAGUUGCUAUUUGUCACUUUUCCACAAGAAUAUAAGGGGAAAAAGUUAUCAUAUAGUUGA